AUGUUUACAAUAAUUGAAAAAGCACAACAACCAAUUUUAUUUCCUCAACAACUGAUUUUUCAACAACCAAUUGUUCCAAUUUCACCACAAAAACCAAUUUUUAUACCAGAAGAAUCUAAUGAUAUAAACGAUAAAAAUAUAUUUAAUA